ACAUUUCAGGGUCAUUUAGGAUAUCUUUAAACUUUGUAUACUUUACUUUUGCCGCUCGCGAAUUUCACAGCUCACAAAAAUUAACAAAUCGUUAGUCGGCGCUCCGUGAACGGAGCGAGCGCUUUGGCGGACCUCCGCAUUUUCACUGGCUUGCUACUUUACGUCGAUCAAACAAUUAUGCGUCGCCGCACAGGACUUAACUUAAGUCUGAUCGGCGUAAGUCACGCGCAAAGCUGCUACACUGAACGAGAUGCAACCUGAAGAUCGACAGUAAACGCAUCAGCGUCUCCAAUCAGCGCGGUCAGACUCGAUUUCCGAUUGGAUUUUACGGCAAAGCUCCUCCUUGGUCUACGUACACUUAACCCCCACUAGUUACUUACGGCUAGCACCUUGUGCACAUAUAUAAGCAAUGCUUUAACACUGAUAUCGCAUAGCGUUGACACUCAUGCAACACAAGCGAAAAUCGCCGUGUAUCUUUGAGAGAUAGUGAGUGCUGUUGGGUUUGGGUCGUCUCCCUUUUUCACGAACUCUUUUUUUUUUUCGUUCUCGUUUUCCUUCCAUUCGUAAAAAAAAUGUUCGUUUACACGUUCUGGUUGUUGUGGAAUGUUGUGCAUAAGGAAGUGUCUACUAAUGUUCUGUCGGUGUUUUUCGUCGUUUUGGUGUUAGUAAGGAUUUGCCAGGAAGUUAACAAAACCAGGUCUCUACCGCCUGGACCGUGGGGUCUUCCCAUCGUUGGAUCGCUGCCGUUCCUCAAGGGCGAUCUACAUCUUCACUUUCGGGACCUAACGCAAAAAUACGGCUCCCUGAUCUCCACCAGGCUCGGAUCGCAACUUAUUGUCGUUUUAAGUGAUUACAAGAUCAUCAGGGACGCGUUUCGGAAAGAAGAGUUCACCGGACGACCUACCACCGAGUUCACAAGCAUUUUGGGCGGAUACGGUGUCAUUAAUACCGAAGGUAAAUUGUGGAAAGAUCAGAGGCGGUUUCUUCACGACCGUUUGCGCCAUUUUGGCAUGACUUACAUCGGAUCGAGGAAAGCCCAAAUGGAAAGUCGCAUAAUGACAGAAGUGGAAGAAUAUCUUUGUGUGUUGAAAGCCAAAAGGAACGCGCCAGUUGACAUGAAUCCUAUCUUAGCAGUAUCCAUAUCAAAUGUCAUCUGCGACAUCAUAAUGUCCGUACGGUUUUCUCAUAACGACGGACGAUUCAGGAGGUUCAUGGACCUAAUCGAUGAAGGAUUCAAAUUGUUCGGGUCUCUGGAAGCGGCAGUGUUCAUACCUGUGCUCCGGUAUCUGCCAGGACUACAGAAGACGAGAAAGAAAAUUGCUCAGAAUAGAGCAGAGAUGGGAGAAUUUUUACAAGAAACAAUUGACGAACAUCGUCGAACAUUUGAUGCCAGCAAUCUUCGUGACUUACUCGAUACUUAUCUCUAUGAAAUACAGAAGGCCAAUGAAGAAGGCGUCGGCCACUGCCUGUUUGAAGGACGAGAUCAUGAUCGUCAGAUGCAACAAAUAAUGGGGGAUCUGUUCUCCGCUGGCAUGGAGACAAUAAAGAGUUCCCUUCUGUGGGCGGUGCUUUUCAUGCUCCAUCAUCCCGAAGUGAUGAAGCAAGUGCAAGAAGAAAUGGACCAAGUCAUUGGCCGUAAGAGAUUACCAAAGCUCGAGGACCUCUCGUAUCUUCCAGUUACCGAAUCGACCAUUUUGGAGAUCAUGCGGAUUUCGAGCAUCGUCCCAAUGGGAACAACUCACGCCCCAACACGGUAAGUUAUUCCGAAUCGAAAUGUCAACGUACCCAUUACGACCUUGUGUAUAAAAGCAAGACAACAAAUGUACUGGGUCAGUAUAGUCAAAUUAAAUUUGUAUCUGUGCAAAAAAAGUGAAAGCACCAGACUGCUGCGCCGGGUCAAUGACUCCAAACCAUGUACGGUCUGUCUCAUUCUCUGUCUCUUGGUUUUGCAAUAACAAACACACCUUCGACUUCUUUAGUCCGCCUCUUUUGCUUAGCCAAAUUUAACAUCAGCAUCAGUUUUUAGGAUUCUGAAAUUUUUUUAGUUGAAAAUUUAAAUUUGGCAUGACAGUAAACUGUCACCAAUUUUAAUCCUUGAUAUCGAAGAAAGGAACUAAAGUAAUCAAUUGUUCAAUACUCCAAGUCUUUUUCCUCAAAAAUACUUACUC